AUGAACAGAGGUAGAGGCGGCUUCAGAAAUCAGCGUGGCGGCCGUGGUGGCUUCUCCCAACCUCAGGGUCCUCCAGAGUCUGUGUUGGAAAUGGGUUCUUUUUUGCACACAUGUGAGGGUGACAUUGUGUGUCGCUCCAUAAAUACUAAGAUUCCAUACUUCAAUGCUCCUAUAUAUUUGGAAAACAAAACCCAGAUUGGUAAAGUCGACGAGAUUUUGGGCCCAUUGAACGAGGUGUUCUUUACAAUCAAACCUUCCGAGGGUGUCCAGGCCAAGUCCUUCAAAGACGGUGACAAAUUCUACAUUUCCCCAGAUAAGCUUCUUCCUUUGGAAAGAUUCUUGCCCAAACCAAAGGAGGUCGGUCCCAAGCCUAAAAAGAGAAGUGCUCCUGGUGGUGCUGGGGGUCGUGGUGGCCGUGGUGGCCGUGGUGGCGCACGUGGAGGUUUCGGUGCCCGUGGAGGCAGAGGAGGCAGUUUUGGUGCCCGUGGAGGUUCCAGAGGCGGUUUCGGUGGGGGUCGUGGCGGCGCCAGAGGUGGACGUGGUGGCCGUGGUGGUUUUGGUGGUGGAGACCGUGGCCGUGGUCGCUACUAG